UACAGUCAAAAAGCAUUUAGCAAAAGGCCUACAAGUCUUAAUCGAACCAACCAUAUACGGUACAAUGCUGAGCAUCUGAACUCAAGGCUAAUAAUAAUACCAAUAAUAAUAAUGAAAUAAAUUAUAAAAUCUAGGUUACAAAGUGCUUCAUAGAGGUGACAAAAUAAAAUAAUCAGGUAAAAAAAAAAAAACAGAUAAAACAAGUACAAAACCAAAACAGCUGUACACCAAUACAGAGUAUUUUUUUAAAAGGACAUAAAAGACAAUUCAAAGGAAAUUAAAAAUAGUUUUAAGAAGGGAUUUAAAGGAAGUCACUGACUCAGCCAACCUGAUUUCCUUGGGCAGAUCGCCACAGGGCCCUGACUGCAAAUACUCUGUCCCCUUUAUUUUUCAACCGGGCCUUUGAAACAGACAAAAGACCUCUGCCUGAGAAUCUCAAACACCAGCGCAUGCGGUACUAAGAGGUCAAGAUAUAACUAGGAGAGAGGCAUAGAAGUAAUCAAUGAAAUAUUUUAUAAAAUCUAUUCUAAAACAUACUGGGAGCUAGUGUAGAGAGGCUAAAAUAGGAGUGAUGUGAUCAUGUCUCUUGUUUGGUUCAGGAGCUUGGCAGCUUAUCAAUACUAGCAACAAGUCUGGCUACAUUGUUGCAUAAUGUCUGUAAAAUGCUUGCAACUGAAAUUAGACUGUUUCAUGUCAUCUAUUUAUACGUCUGUGUAUUCCGUGAGAAGAGAAACAGAAAGAGAAAAAGACUAAGGGCAAAUGGAGAAGUAUGGUAUUUCUCCAUUUUGGGUUUCCAUCGUACCCUUCUUCACCAUGUGAUUUAAACCAGUGGAAAGGAUCACUCAGAAAAGAUGAAAAUAGUGUGGUAGUCAUUUAACGCUUUAGCUUGUCUUGUUGCCAUGUGAAUUAGUUAUGGUACAGCUGAUUUACAGUGUAAAUCUCCUCAAGUCAUCUUUAAGCAUCAGCGUCCGGGUGAGUGCGUUACAACCACACUCUAAGAUGAACCGCUCCUAAUCUUUGUCUCUCAUCUCAUCUCAUCUCAUCUCAUCUCACCUCCAACAUAGCUCGGCCUUACCGGUUACCACACUUUAAUUUCAUUUUUGGGGGGGGGGAACAAAAAAACAAAAAACACCUCCCAAUAUCAGCAUGAGACAUAUUCCAAAGAUUUAAGUUCCUGUUUAUAUAGCAACUGCCACAACAUCCUGUUGUUAAUUAAAACUCUGCAAUGCCAGAUGCCUUCUCUUGCCACCUGCUGUGCCACUCUCCCAUGAGAGCUAAUGUACUGUGACAAACCCUAUUUUUCCAAUCAAUAACCAGAACCUAAACCUGUCAGCUUUCUGCCGACAAGCACGCACCACUUUCUAAUCACACAUUAUUGUUAUCAUUUUUUUCCUGAGGAGGUGUACUUCGAAGCCAUUUUGUUCCACCAGUAAGCUGCUAAGCGACACAGGAAGUGGUGGUGCUUCUCACAACCCCCUUCUCGGUACAUGCAACUAAACUAAAGCCGAACGAAAUGGUUAUAAAUAACUUCCUCUUUGCCGCUUAAGAGGGGUGUACAGUGUGACGGCAGCUGGUUACAGAGCAGGUCUCUCUUCGUCCUGGAUGCUUUUGUGUGAAUAAACAAAAUAAGAAGAUGGUGUACUAAACGUCACAAAGAUUGGCGACGCCACCAUGGAUCAGAACGUGUCUUUGGCGAGCAGCAGGUCCGCGGACCUGGCUCCGGCGGAGUACCGAACAGCCGGUCUGGUCUUCUACUGCUUCCUCUUCGUCAUCGGCUUCACCGUCAACAUCACGGCCCUGUGGGUGUUUGCCCUGACAACCAAGAAGAGAACCUCGGUCACCAUCCACAUGAUCAACGUGGCCGUGGUGGAUCUGUUCUUCAUCCUGCUCCUGCCCUUCCGUAUGGUCUACUACUCUUGGGACUACUGGCCAUUCGGCGACAUGUUCUGCCGAGUCAGCGCCGCGUUGACCGUCUUCUACCCGUGCAUGGCCCUGUGGGUGUUUGCGCUAAUAAGCGCCGACCGCUACAUUGCUAUCGUGCAGCCGCGGCACAGCCGAGAGCUGAAGAGCACGCCCAAGGCGAUGGUGUCGUGCGCCUGCGUCUGGGUGAUGACGCUGGGCUGCACGGCUCCGCUGCUCUUCACCGACGACGACCCGGACGCGGUCCCCGGGCGCAACUUCACCACGUGCCUGAAGAUGCGUGACAUCGUGCACCUGCGCCGCGACAACCCUAUCAACUUCGCCCGGCUCAUCUUCUUCUUCAUCGUGCCCAUGUGCAUCAUGGUGGGCUGCUACGCCGUCAUCGUGGACAACCUCAUGCACGGACGCACGUCCAAGCUCAAGCCCAAGGUCAAGCAGAAGUCCAUCCGCAUCAUCGUCACGCUCAUCAUCCAGGUGCUGGUGUGCUUCGUGCCCUACCACGUCUGCUUCGUCUUCCUCCUCCUGUCGCCCGACACCGGCGAGGCCUACAGCAGCUGGGGCGCCUUCACCACGCUCCUGAUGAGCCUGAGCACCGUGCUGGACAUCGUCCUCUAUUACAUCGUCUCCAAGCAGUUCCAGGACCGCGUCAUCAGCGUCGUCCUCUACCGGAACUACUUGCGCAGCGUGCGGAGGAAGAGUGUGCGCACCAGCAGCGUGCGCUCGCUCAGUAACCUCACCAGCGCCAUGAUCUGAGCCGGGGGCGUACCGGGUCCGCAGACUGGACGAGCGCCCGAAAACAAACGACUCGGUCUGACUCAAGCCUCAUUGUUCCGAGGGCUCAGGGAGAUGUAGACACAAUGGUCUCAGCUGGGCACUUUUGGGAUGAAUGGGAUGGAUGACCGUAGAGGGGAUGGGCAUCGAAACACAAAUAACCCAGUCAGAGCCAAGUUUCGUCAUUACCAGCAAUGGUAGAGAGGGUGCUAUAGACACCCAAUAUGACAAAAUGAGGAUGAAAUGUUAAGGUGAAAGGCGUGAAAAUGCUGAACAGAAGCUUGAAAGACUAAUGUCUUCUGAAGAUCAAACUGACCAUAGCAUGGAGAUUAAGCUAUUCUUGUGAGCCAUGGUUUGUGUUUUUGUGUGUGUAUAUGUGUGUGUGUAUGUGUGUGUGCGUUGUGACUCUUCUCACAACAGUGCUAACAGAACUUCUACUUUGAGGCUGAACUUAGUCAGCAAAGCGAGAACAAACUGCCUGUGCAAUGUAAGGUAUAACUUUGAUUUGUGGGUGCAGACAGGAGAGAAAGAAAAAGGUUGCAGUUGUGGCUAUGAGAAAGAGUGGGGUAUUGACCAGAUGAAAGAGACACUUUUCAGAGACACACAUUUAUUUUAUCCCAUUACUGUCACUUGUACCCUUGCACGCGUAAGAUACCACUUUUAUCAUCAUGGGUCUUGGAGGAGUGGCCAACAGAGGUGUAGUACUCACAGAAACCUAGAGGGGUCAGAGUGCUGUGAGAAUGUUUGGAUCAGGAUGAGGUAAAUAUCAAGGUGCGGAGAAUCCAGCAACGAUUGUGGUUUAAAAAGUUCAAGAUUUGAAGAAUGUUGUGUUGCUGGAUUUCUUUUUUCUCCACAUCUAGGGUUAGGCACAAACAUGCAAGGAGUUGGUAAAUCACAGAAGUGGCACCUGAGCAGUGAGACGAGACCUUAGUCUGACCAACAUGCGUCUUAAGAAAGACAUUACCUUUGUUUGAAGACAUUCAGUGGAUCUAGGUAUACUUGUCUUCAUCUGAAAACAGACCCCAAAAACAUUCAUUUCAAGGAUAAAAAUAAAAAGACAUGAUCCUAAAAUAAAGCAAAAACAUUAUUACAAUGCAAAUUAACCUACAUAAGUCAUAGAAACAGUCAGUUCUUCAGCCAACAUACCAACUUAACAACCUCAUUUUUGGCAGCUGGACUCCCACUUUAAGGCACUUUAAUUCUUAAGUGUGUGUUACAUUGUUGUUCAAACCAUUUUUGCAUAAAUAAAAUACACAACCAUGUUUCAAUCUGUAAUCUAUAAUGAACUAUCAUCUUUCUACACGAAAUGAUCAUGACAAGUCACUUGAUUUCUUUUUGGUAAUUUGUACAUUUAAUGUGGUUGUUUUUGUAGAUUACAAGUGUAGUUUGUAAGGCUGCGUUACACUAUUGGGCAACAUGGGCUGCAGUCAAGGACCUUGGCCACUAGGGGGAUCCGGAAAGAGUAGAUUACUUUGAAUUUUGAACGGGUUUUAUGGUGUUUUUUUUUAUUUUUUAUAAUUAACUUUUUGUAACUUCCAGUUUCCCACUCAACAAUGAAUCGUCAGGGUGUCAAUGAGGGUCGUGUUUGUAGGUUAGUCACUUCACAGCGAUGUCAAUUAGAAAAUAUGAUAGUGGUGCUAACCAGAGCAAACAAGCCGAAUAAAAACAGCAGAGACAAGAAGAAACUCUCAGCAAAUUUCCCAAGUUUACGUCCUUGUUGAAAAAAAAAACUUAGGACCACAACGGUACUCCUAAGUGGGUAUGCCAUUACUCCACACCCUCCAUUCACUGCCUCUUUGUAAAAUCUUGACUGGUUAACAUUUUUUGAAAAUCUUUGCCGCUGAUUGCAGUGCCCAGGGGAAUCCCGCUGACAUUUCUUUCAAAGCAUCAAUUUUUAUGAUGACAAUUAGAAAGAAAACCACUAAAUUAUGUAUUCUAAUAAAUUCCUGCUUUGUUGUCGAUCACAGUAACUUGUAAUGGCAAGUUCCUUUUCAUCCAGGGGGAGGCGCUGUUGCUCAGGACACGUUUCAUCAUUCUCUGCUGACCAGUUCUCACCACAACCAGCAGAUGGCAGCACUCCACAACAGGCACUUAGAAUUCCCAUGCCCUGGCAGACCUAUUCAGCAAGCCUACCCACCUGCCACCACCACAACUACUUUACCAUGACUACAAUGUGACAGCUGAUUAAACAAAUUAAAUCAAAGCAUCAAAAUACA